AGUCUAACAGGACAGGACCUUCUCUUAGCCCAACUCCCUGUUGAAGUGUUUAUUACUCGUUUUGAUACACUAUGCACAUCUGUUUUGGAUGAUGUUGAUUAGGAAAGGAGGGCAUAGGGCAGAGCUGGGGAUGUCUGAUGAGACCCAGGCCUUCAGGCAGGCCUGCAAGAGAGCUGAGCGAAAGUGGAAGCAAGACAAACUUCAUGUGUCCAAUGAAAUUUAUAAAAAGUCACACUUUUUGAUUACCAGGAAGUGGUAUGACAGGCUAGGAUCAGAUACUAUGCCAACAUUGUGGAAUCAAAUUCUCAUGACCCACGCACUCUCUUUAAGGUGAUUGAUUCAGUACUGGAAAUGGCAACUUCUGCCUCCAGGUCCACGGCUGCGAUGGCCGGGACAUGUGAAGAUUUUCUUCACUACUUUGUGGACAAGAUAGUGAUGAUUCGGGCUGCUACUGCAGGCCGCACUCCUGUUUUUGGUGGCACCUAUUCCAUUUAGGGCAAACCUGCCAGCCUUCCAAACUAUAUCUAGGACAGAGUUAGAGGAACUCAUUUCUAAGCAAAAACCUUCUGAUUCCCCUUAUGAUGCUCUUCCCCCAAGGAUGCUUAAGGAGGCUUUUUCUGUUCUGAGCCCUUAUAUACUGGUUAUCUUAAAUACCAGUCUGGCCUCUUGUGUGGUUCCCCUUACUUUUAAGAGGGCUGUUGUACGACCGCUGCUGAAAAAGAAGGAAAUGGAGGAAACUGUGUUAGCCAAUUACAGACCUAUCUCACAUCUACCUUACAUAUCUAAGCUGCGUGAGAGGGUUGUAUAUUGGUUGCAUUUUUAGACACUCACACACUCUGGGAGAUCUUUUCAGUCAGGGUUCAGAGCAGGUCACAGUACCGAGACUGCACUUUUCAUAAUGUUUUUUUUAGCUUGUGAUGGGGGGGGGGGAUGCUGUCAUUCUUUUGAUGUUAGAUUUGUCUGCGGCCUUCAACACAGUUGAUCAUGACAUACUUUUGGAUCGGCUACAACAUUGGGUGGGAAUUACCGGUGCAGCCCUACAAUGGCUACAGUCCUACUUAUCCAACAGGAGUUUUUGUGUCAGUGUAGGUGAAACCUCCUCGACCUGGGUGGGAUUCAAGUGGGGUGUGCCACAGGGGUCUGUACUGGGUCCGCUUCUUUUUGCCAUUUACUUAUCGUUGGGGAAUCCUCUUCGGUGGUUCGGCAUGCGUUUUCAUUUUUAUGCUGACGACUGUCAGAUCUACCUCCCCCUUCAGCGGGGGUCGAUGGGUCAAUAUCAAAGCUUGUAGAUGCCUUAGAAGAUGUGCGCUCCUGGAUGGCUACAAACUUUUUACAUCUGAAUGACGCUAAGAUUGAAGUAAUUGUACUUAGCCCUGCCAUGUCUACACGCCCAUGCGAUGCUGUGAAUCUGGGCCCUUUAGCAUCUAACAUGAAGACCACCAUCCGAAAUUUGGGAGUGCAACUGGACUCAGCCCUUAAAUUCGACGCGCAAAUGAACUAGGUUGUGCGAUCGUGUUUUUUUAACUUACGCCGACUAGCCAGAAUUAAGCCCCUGCUGUCCAGAGUACAUCUAGAGACUGUCACACAUGCUUUUGUUCUUUCAAGGCUCGACUACUGCAAUGCACUGUAUGCCGGCCUUAGUCAGGGUGCGGUAGCACACUUGCAGUUAGUACAAAACUCAGCCGCUAGGUUCGUGACAGGCACUAGGUGCAGGGAAUAUAUCACCCCUGUGUUGGCAUCCCUUCAUUGGCUACCUGUGCAAUACAGGGCAAAAUUCAAGGUCUUGGUACUGGGCAAUACAGGGCCUUACAAGGAACUGCUCCAGCAUGUCUUGGCAACCAUUUGCAUGGACAUGCCCCCUCGCGGGCCCUUCGCUCAGCCGGCAGGGAGCUGUUGAUCAUUUCACGCACUAAGUGCAGGUCACGGGGGGACCGUGCGUUCUCGGUGUUGGCACCUGCACUUUGGAACCAGUUGCCUUUGGUGGUGCGUCAGUCAACCUCAUUGGGGUUUUUUAAGACUCGCCUUAAGACCCAUUUUUUUGUCAAGGCAUUCCAGGAUUUGCCAAUUUUACCCGGUUUCGAUGCCCCGACCUCUUAAUCUUUUUCUGGAGUUUAUUUUUUGCUUUUACUGGUGUCACAGGGUGUUUCUCAAGGUCAAGGCGUCUGGCCUAGCAAGACGACGUCUUGCUAGGACUGGCGCCUUGCUUACGAGGACACUGUCCUAAUUGGUCAAAGAAAAUGGUUAAAUGGAACAGACCUACAUCAUGUGACCACUGCUUCAUGCCUUGGUGGUUCCUGAUGAUGUAUCUCCUAGGCAACUGGGGUGGAACAAGGGCAUCAAAGCGAGGUUCCUUGACAUUGAGAAACACCCUCAAUCUAGUUCUGUUGGCAACACAAUCAUGGGGAAGACUGAUGAUUUGGCAGUUGUCUAAAAGAUGACCACUGACGUCUUGCACAAGGAGGGCAAGACACAAAAGGUCAUUGCUAAAGAGGCUGGCUGUUCACAGAGCUCUGUGUCCAAGCACAUUAUUAGAGAGGCGAAGGGAAGGACGAGAUGUGGUAGAAAAAAGUGUACAUGCAAUAGAGAUAACUGCAACUUGGAGAGGAUUGUGAAACUAAACCCAUCCAAAAUGUGGGGGAGAUUCACAAAGAGUGGACUGCAGCUGGAGUCAGUGCUUCAAGAACCACCACACAGACGCAAAACAGGUUUCAGCUCUCACAUUCCUCAUGUUAAGCCACUCUUGAACAAGAGACAGCAUCAGAAGUGUCUCACCUGGGCUAAAGACACAAAGAACUGGAGUGCUGCUGAGAGGUCCAAAGUUAUGCUCUCUGAAAAAAUUUCCAUUUCCUAUAGAAAUCAAGGUCCCCGAGUCUGGAUGAGAGGAGAGGCAGAUAAUCCAUGUUGCUUGAGGUCCAGUGUAAAAUUUCACAGUCAGUGAUGGUUUGGAGUGCCAUGACAUCUGCUGGUGUUGGUCCAUUGUGUUUUCUGAGGUCUAAGAUCAAAGCAGCCGUCUACCAGGAAGUGUAAAGAGCACCUCAUGCUUCCUGCUGCUGACCAAUUUUAUGGAGAUGCAGACUUGGUGACAGGGCCUGGCAUCUGCACACAGUGCCAAAGCUACCUAUACCUGGUUUAAGGACCAUUGUAUCCCUGUUCUUGAUUGGCCAGCAUACUCAUCUGAUCUUAAUCCCAUAGAACAUCUAUGGGCUACAGUGGAGAGCAGCGAUGGGACGUUCACGAAUAAAUCAAAUCUUUUGAACUGGUUUUCAAAGUGAACAAUGAGCGCCAAGUUAUUGUUGAGAACCAUUCAUCCUGUCCACGAAUAAUGUGGGAUUUUCAUUAGUUGUCAGUUAAAAUCAUCAAAAUUUUAAGAAAUAAACAUUUGAAAUAUAUCAGUCUGUGUGUAAUGAGUAAGUCUAAUGUACAAGUUUCACUUUUUGAAUGGAAUUACUCAAAUAAAUCUAAUUUCUAUUCUAAUUUUAUGACCAGCACCUGUAAGUCACUGUUAACCUGGCAAGCCAUCCUGUAGAACAAAAUCUAUCUCUAUUGCUACGGGUUAAGUCACUGCUGCUCUCUUGGCCAGUUCUGGAAAGCUAGAAAUUUCUGCUAAAUUGCGUCAUCCUGGAAAGCACAAAUUUCAAUAGAUUGCUGAGUUUAACACGCGUGCUAGCUAAGCUCUCUCUCUCUCUCUCUCUCUGUGUGUGUGUGUGUGUGUGUGGUGCUGCCCAACUUGCAUUUUCAAAUGUCAGAAAGAGAGAGGGCAGCUCUGCUUUAAUCUCCUGAUUUCUGCCAGUCUGAGACACUGACCUUCACUUAUGGAUGGAGACUAUUUUUAGAUGACCUGAAUCAUGAUGACUCUCUAACUUUUAUCUGAGGUGCCAGAGUCAAUAUUUGUCAAGAUAUUUUUGCAAUCCUGGCACUAGUGAACUGUUAGGACUGUCAGUUUCUACAAAAGGUAUUUUUCUUCCAGUCUCUGACUUUUGCUGAUAAACUUAUUUUUUUAAUUUAUGUCUUAGUUAACAUUUAAGUAUCUCAAUUGUGUGUGUGUGUGUGUGUGUGUGUGUGUGUACACUUGUCUUUAUAUGUUUAAGUGGACACAUUUUAACUUUAACCUGUAGUGUGUGGACAUUUUUCUGGUCCACACAAGGCUCAACACCCUAAAACGUGGUUUCAGAGGUAUUAACUUUAGGUUAGUUUAAGUUUAGGUUAGGGAUGGAACCCCAUUGGCUAUGGUUAGGGUAUGUAUGGAGUGGAGUCACUAAAAUGAAUGGUGUGACUGACUCAUUUUUAAACUGACUAUUGUAUUUUAUUUUAUUUUGGAUGGGUCUGAUUUAAUAACCAUGUAAAAUACACAUAUUUAACAAGAUGCCGUUUGUUCUUGUUAAAACCCAAAACUUUAUUUAUUUGUUGUCUUGAUUUCUCAGCUCACAUGCUGAAAUUUCCUUUUCAGCAAGCUGAUCUCUUCAUUUAUGAAGGUCCAUAUCUCUUCAUCUUCCCUUCAUGGUCCUCACAUUACAUUCCUGAUUUCUAAGUCUGGGAGUCUUUUAGAUGUUUUUGGACGCUGUUGCCUGUUUAUGUGAGAAACGUCUUUAGCCAACAGUGGCAGUCUUGUUAAAAAAUCCUGGUUCAAUCUUCCUGAAACAUGCCGAAAACGUGGAGUUUAUCUUUGUGAGGACUGUUUAUCUCGGUUAUGUUCAUUUAGAGCUGGACUCCACCAAAGUUUUAAAACACCUUUAGCAACACCUGUAAAUAUCCAAACUACCAUCUGAAUGUUUUUGAAAAUGUUUUUUUUUAUUAUUUCUUGUAACUGGAUGAUCACAAAACUCCUCAGUAGUUUUUCUUGGUCAUGAAAACCUCAGAAGCAAAUAAAGACUUGUAGAAAUUGUGAGUUUGCCCUGAAAAUAGUCUAAAUUUAAGCUUAUUAUGCGAUCAAGGUUUUGACAAAGUAGACUUAAGGUAAAUGAUUGUCUAUCCCACCUAGCAGCCACGGCAUGGGAGGAAACUUGUGUUUGAUCCAUCGGUUUGAUCUGAUCAUGAGAUCUACAGUUCCUCUGUGAGCUGAGUGAAAAACUUUAUAAUCAGGUCAUUGUAACACUUCAACACUUUGUAAUUUAGACAUUUACAUGAAGCGGGUGUCAUUUGGUGUAGCACAGCUUUUAUUGGCUUCACUGCAGCGCCGUUCCCUUUAAGCAGAAGACUUCAGCUGAUAUUGAAGGGUGUAGUUGAUCAUUUACAAGCUGGUCUCGUUUAUCUGGGAAAGUGAUGCUGUCAGGCAGCACUUCACUUCCUGCUAGGAAACAGUGUGCACCUUUCUGCUUCGGACUCAGCUGCUUUUAGAGGAACCAUCCAGCCUCAGUGCAGGUGAGUCACAUUUCCUCAUGUCGCCAACACAAUAAACACAUUUUUAUUUUACAUUUUACUUUCUGCAUGUAUUUUCGGAUGAUUUUCUAUGUACCGCAGUGAUAAAAGCACACACGUGAUGCUACAGAUGUUUGAAACCAUCAAAUCAAAAACAGUGUGCAGUGGUUUGGGGUUGUUGGUUUCAUCCAAGCGGACAAAAUUAGUUUUAAAGUAAAUUUGAAAACCAAAAUGAAUUUAGAUAAGUUGUCAACCUGCUGUGAUUAAAGCAUCAGUAUCUGUGACCCACAAACAGAAAAGAGCUAAGUUCAGCCAUCCUUAUCUCACAAGUCAUAAGUGAUGUGUCAAGCAGACAAACGUGUGUGUGUUUAAGGUGAGUUCAUCACUGAUGUCAUGUUGCAGACGGGACCAUCUCCACCCUGAAGAUCCACAGUGUUGGGAUCCUCUCGGCACAUUUAGAGCACUGGUGUUUACACUGGAGCAGAUAGAAACAACCAUGUAUACGAGCUGUCACAAGGAGCCGCUGCAGCCGUGCACGUCCACCAGCAGGCGAGACUGGCACUGCCCCGUCUGCCUGCAGACGGCCACGUUCCCCGUCCAGACCAACUGUGGACAUCUGUUCUGUGCCACCUGUCUGCUCACCUACUGGAAACACGGCUCAUGGUUAGAUGCGAUCAGCUGUCCUCUCUGCAGACAGAAGGUCAGCAAGCUGUGUAACCUGUUCAAGGAGAGUCGAUCUGACCAGCAGUCUAAGAAGGUUCUUGGAGAAAUCACCGACUACAAUAAACGCUAUUCUGGAGCUCCAUGGAGGGUGACCGACUACCUCUGUGACACCCCCCUCCUUCUGCAGCUUCUAGCCCGCGGUCUGGGCACCAUGGGUGGCCUGGUGUGGUUGUUUCUCUUCAGGGUGGCCCUGUGCUGUGUGGGGGCUGUGGUGUCCCUUUCCUCUCCACCUGCAGACACUUUGUCCCCCUCAUCCAGCUCCCUGGAAUCUGACCCUUCCGUCUGCGGGCUGCUGGGGGUCCUGGAUGAUCUGGUGGUGGUCAUCCUGCUCCUCAUGUGUGUCGUUAACAUCAACCAGCAGAUGGAACCAGAAAGAGGACAGCGCUCUCCCAACGGGCCCACCUUACAGGGAGUGAUGGGGAGCUCUCUGUAGGUAGUGCCAGCGUCACCAUAAGCUGUUAGAAACGGACUUCUAUUAGAUUUUUACUCAUCUGUAGUUAGUGUGUGGGAGAAUAUUGAGCUUAAGUUUGGAGGUCAGACAUUGGACUCCACAAGUGUUUACAGAGCUUAUGUAAGGGUGAUAUCUAAACUUCAAGGUAUGCAGCACGGCGGUCCAGCUGUAGUUACAAACACUCAGGUUCCUGAGCUGUGGCCUUUUUAAAGCUCUCCUUACAUUUUCAGUGAUUUUCAGACUCAUGUCGUGUCUCAUUGAGAUUCCUGUAAAUAUGUAAUAUUGUUUUCACGGCUAAAAUAAAGAAUAUUUAUUGUCUGAUA